AUGAAUGCACCCGCAGCUUUCGAGUCGUUCCUUCUAACAGAGGGAGAGAAAAAAGUUUUUGUUGAAAAAGAUACACAUGUUCCACACGCUGCAAUAUUCACUUUAAACCGCGAGGAUCACACACUCGGCAACAUGAUUACUCGACAACUGCUAAAGGAUCCUCGUGUGCUGUUCGCCGGAUACAAGGUCCCUCAUCCUUUGGAACACCGAAUAGUCAUUCGUGUACAGACAUCUCCGACUGUCACUCCGCUCGAGGUGUUUUCUUCUGCUAUAAAGGACCUUAUCAGCGAAAUUUCAAAUAUCGAAGAACAGUUCCGAUCUGCCGUCAACUAA